UUUUUUCUCUCUCUGUCUCAUCAACAAUGUUACUAAUCAUAUCUUUCAUCAUCGUCUCCUUCUUCUUCUUCAUAUUGUUCUCACUCUUUCACAUACUCUUCCUUCAAAAACUACGUUACUGCAACUGCGAGAUCUGCCAUGCUUAUCUCACUUCAAGCUGGAGAAAAGACUUCAUCAAUCUCAGUGAUUGGUACACUCAUCUUCUCCGGCGAUCUCCAACGUCAACGAUCAAAGUCCACGUCUUAAACAGCGUUAUCACAGCGAAUCCAUCAAACGUUGAACAUAUCCUCAAAACCCAUUUUCACAAUUACCCAAAAGGCAAACAAUUCUCUGUUAUUCUUGGUGAUCUUUUAGGCCGUGGAAUCUUCAAUUCCGAUGGUGACACGUGGCGUUUCCAGAGAAAACUAGCGAGUUUGGAACUUGGAAGUGUUUCUGUAAGAGUUUUCGCUCAUGAGAUUGUUAAGACCGAGAUCGAGACACGUCUUCUUCCGAUUUUGACUUCAUUCUCCGACAAUCUUGGUUCUGUUUUGGAUCUACAAGAUGUGUUUAGAAGAUUCUCGUUUGAUACGAUUAGUAAAUUGUCAUUUGGGUUUGACCCAGAUUGUCUCCGGUUACCUUUUCCGAUAUCGGAAUUCGCCGUUGCUUUUGAUACGGCGUCGACGUUAUCGGCGAAACGAGCUUUAGCUCCGUUUCCUCUGUUAUGGAAAAUCAAAAGGCUUUUAAGAAUUGGUUCUGAGAAAAAGCUUAAAGAAUCGAUCAAUGUGAUAAACCGGUUAGCUGGUGAUUUAAUCAAGCAACGGAGGUUAACCGGUUUAAUGGGUAAAAACGAUUUGAUUUCGAGAUUCAUGGCGGUGGUAGCGGAGGACGAUGACGAGUAUCUUCGAGACAUCGUUGUGAGUUUUCUAUUGGCGGGUCGGGAUACGGUUGCUGCUGGUUUAACCGGUUUUUUCUGGUUAUUGAUGCGUCAUCCGAAUGUGGAGAACCGGAUCCGGGAAGAAUUAGACCGGGUGAUGGGGACCGGUUUUGACUCGGUCACUGCACGUUGCGAUGAAAUGAGAGAGAUGGAUUAUUUGCAUGCGGCGCUUUACGAGAGCAUGAGAUUGUUUCCGCCGGUUCAAUUCGAUUCCAAAUUUGCUUUAAACGAUGACGUUUUGUCUGAUGGUACAUUUGUGAAAAGAGGGACUAGAGUCACGUACCAUGCUUAUGCAAUGGGUCGGAUGGACCGGAUCUGGGGUCCGGAUUACGAAGAGUUUAAACCGGAGAGGUGGUUGGAUAACGAUGGAAAAUUCCGGCCCGAGAAUCCGGUUAAAUACCCGGUUUUUCAGGCCGGAGCUAGGGUUUGUGUUGGGAAAGAAAUGGCCAUCAUGGAGAUGAAAUCCAUAGCCGUGGCAAUCAUUAGGAGGUUCGAAACACGGGUUGCAAGUCCCGAAUCAAUCGAGACACUCCGGUUUGCGCCUGGUUUAACCGCGACGGUUAAUGGUGGAUUGCCGGUUAUGAUCCAAGAAAGGAGUCAAGACUCAUAAAAGCAUUAAGUCAAGAUAUAAAAUAAUACUUUAUAA